UUAUGUGGCAACCUUGAGUUGAAACUAGAGUUACCGCUCGCUUAAACCCGAAACAACCUGCAGUUUUUCUUGAAGAUUUUUUUGAAGAUUUAAAUCAAAUUUUCUACAGAUUGUGAAUGUCAAAGUGAGACAGGAUGCCAGUGAAGCUUGUAUUUGGAGGGAAACUGACACAGUCAGACCCCAAGGAUUUCCCUGUGGUCAUCAUUGGACAGCUGCCUCACAUAACCAGCAUCACCUUUGAUGAUGUGAAAACCAAAUUGGCACCAAGGGUCGAUAAAGAAACAUUUGAUCAAGGUGUAGGAAGCUUAUCCUCCUCGCCGACAUCCAGUUGUCCGCUUUGGUUGAGGAAUGCCACUAUUGCAGCCCUCCCUGUGAAGUGUAGCCGGCACAACGCUCCGUCCCGUGCUCACUCUUUGUCAAAACUUGUCAAAACUUUUCUCUUGGGCCAAGAAGAAUUUGUUGUGAUUGUAUGUGAGAGGAAGGAUGCCUAUGCCUUGGGAUGCUCUGUGGCCCGAGUUUUACCCCUGUUUUCCGGGAAAUCUGGUCAGAGUGCCGAGGACCACAUGUUAACUGUGGAAUUCCUGUUAGUGGGAGAAGACAAGGGCAAACCUCUGACUAAGGACGACCUCCAUGCUAUGUCUGCCUCGGCUCAUGGCAUUCGACUGGCUGCUGAAAUUGUAGACAAGCCUUGCAGUCACAUGAAUACAGAUCAUUUUGUGAAGGAGGCGGAGAUAAUUGCUGGAGAACUGAAGAUUACUCCAUUCAUUGUUCGGGGAGAGGAUUUGAAAGAGAAGGGGUUUGGAGGUAUAUAUAAUGUUGGACGGUCUGCAGAACACCCGCCAGCUCUGGUUGUUCUCAGCCACAAACCAGAGGGCGCUACUAAAAACAUUGCCUGGGUUGGCAAAGGGAUUGUGUUUGACACGGGUGGACUCUGCAUUAAGACAAGGCAAGGCAUGUGUGGGAUGAAGCGUGACUGUGGUGGAGCAGCAGGAAUUCUGGGAGCUUUUUAUGCUGCUGUGAAACUGGGUUUUAGUGAGAAUCUGCAUGCAGUGUUCUGUCUAGCCGAGAAUGCAGUGGGUCCCUUGGCAACCAGAACGGACGAUGUGUACACACAUUACUCAGGAAGAACUGUGGAGGUGAAUAACACAGACGCAGAGGGAAGGCUUGUUCUGGCAGAUGGGGUUGCUUAUGCUAGAAAAGAUUUAAAAGCAGAUGUUGUCGUUGAUAUGGCAACCUUGACUGGUGCCCAAGGAAUUGCCACUGGUAAAUAUCAUGGUAGCAUUGUAACUAAUGAUGAAAACAUGGAACUUUGGUGUGUGAAGGCUGGGCAGAAUUCAGCCGAUCUCGUUCAUCCUAUGCCAUACUCCCCAGAACUUCACUUCCCAGAAUUCAACAGUGCAAUAGCAGAUGCCAAAAACUCUGUAGCGGACAGAAGUAAUGCUCAGGUAUCCUGUGCUGGCCUCUACAUCGCAUCCAACCUUGGCUUUGAUUACUCUGGCGUGUGGCUACAUAUUGAUAUGGCUGCCCCUGUUCACUCCGGGGAGAGAGCAACAGGAUAUGGGGUGGCGCUGCUGGCUACCUUGUUUGGUCAGAUGUCCCAUAAUUCUCUUCUGAAGUACAUAGCGCCACCUGUCUCUAUUCAGGAAGCCAUGGAAGUAGAGAAUGAAGAUUCUGCCAAGAAGAUCCGCCGCCACUAGUGGUGACAGAACAACUGCCUGCAAGCUGUGAUGUUGCACAAAUUAAAUGUUUCUAGCUGGGUUUUUUUUUUUUCAUAUUUGACUUUCACAGUACAAAUGAAUCAUUUAUGAAAUUGGAAAUACAUGCAGGUAACGCUUUAGUUAUUGAGAUCAAAAAGAAAAUUUUGUUUUGGUGCCUCAUUUCCUUGUACAAAAUGUAUAUUAUUAUGUGAUAUACUGUAUGUGAUUUACGAACUGAACUUGUAUAAAGGACAUAGUGGUCUCCAUAUA